UGCUAAUUUCUGAGGUAAUGGAGGUGUCAGCCAGAGGCCUGAACGGUUCUUAACCUUAGGAAGAGUGAAAUAACUUGUAAUUCCAAUUUUUAAUAAGAGCAGAAGAAAGCUCUUAAUGAGGGGUAUGGAGGGGGGACUGGAGGUAGUUUGACCUCAAAGCUACACAGAGACAGGAUUAUCCCUGAAGAACUAUGAAUGAACUGUCUUCGAAUGGGCGUCCUUUUCUUUGUGAUUGGGAUCAUCUCAGAAGAACUAUGACUGAGCUGUCUUUAAAAGGUCUUCCACUUAUGCAUGACGAACCUUACUGAGAAUGUGAAUCCUAGACACGGCUGCCAGAGGAAAUAUCCCCACCCGGUCUCUACCCUGUCAAGCUCCCCAAGAGUUUCACAAGAUCCAGUGAUUGGAGAGCUGUUAGCUGAGAAACAGGCUGUGGACUUGAAGAAAGAAGAAAAGCUGAGGAAGAAUAGAGAAGCCAUGAAAAAGCAUCGGGAAGAAGAGACGGCAGAACAGAGGGAAGAUAGACUGCGCAAAAACAGAGAAGCGAUGAGAGUGCGCCGUCAAAUGGAAUCAGAGGAGCAGCGAGAUGAUAGACUGCGCAAGAAUCGUGAGGCCAUGAAAAGGUUCCGUGAAAGAGAGACUGAAGCACAGCGACAUGAACGAUUGCGCAAAAACAGGGAAUCCAUCAAAAGCCGACGGCAGCAGGAAUCACAGGAGCAGAGAGAGGAGAGGCUGCGCAAAAAUUGGGAAUCAACCAAAGUUCGCCGGCAGGAAGAAACUGAGGAAGAGCGAGAGCAAAGGUUACGUAGGAACUGGGAUGGAAUUAAAAGACGCCGUGAACAGGAAACGGAGGAGCAGCGACAAAAACGGUUGCGCAAAAAUUGGGAAGGAAUAAAGAACCGGCGGCAGCAGAAGAACGAGGGUGAGAAAGAAGAUAUGUUGUGCAGAAUUUGGGAAGCAAUGAGACAAUUUACCCAGCAGGAAAUGCAGGAGGAUAGAGACAAACGAUGUCACUUGCUUUUUGACAGGGGACUCGUAGAAGGAGCACAGGAGGGCAAGGAUGAGAGGUUGCAGAACAGAGAGACACCGAGAUGCUGUUUCCAACAAGAAAUGGAGCAAAGAAAAUGAAGAGAAGGAGAAUUUUGAAAAUUGUGUUGCUUCAGUGCCAUGGUAUCUCCAGCAUCUCCUUAAAUUGAAAUCUUUGACUAAUAAUACUCUCCUGAUUUAGUUAUUGAACAUUGUUAUGCCAUGGAACAUAUCAAGCCAUGCAGGUGGUGGAUAAGGUCAUCUUAAUUCAUGGUGGUCAGUGAUUCACUAAACUUAAAAUACAUACUGAUCAAAUAUGACAAUGUGGUGAUCACUGCACCCACUUAACAUUGUAGAAACAAUUUUUUUUGUUAGUUGCAACUAAUUGCUUUUCAAAAAGAAAUGCAAGAAAUGCUUCAAUAUAUUGUAUGUUACAGGUAAUUAUGUCCUUCAUAAACAUUGUGGUUCAUUUCAGUUAGAAUGCAACUGCAUUUGUCACCAAGCCUUUGGAGUUCUUGUAUAGACACUGAUAACACAGAUUCAAUUUGCAAAGGAAAUUAAAUACACUGAUUAAGGACCAGAAGCCUUUGCUCUAAAAUGUUGGUGAUGAAAUUUAAUAAAUUGUCAGCCCUUUCUAAUGUUUUUCAAAGUCACUCUUCUAAUUUGUAUGGAAUGGGUUUGGAAGUUAUAACGAAGGCUAGCUAUGUAUCCCUCAAAUAGACUGCACUGAAAGCUUUACUAUAUUUGUUGCUAGCAGUUUUCUAUUGUAACAAAAGAUCUUGUGAAAUACAAAGUUUGUGGUUUAACUGUUAAUUUGGAGAGUCAUUACCUCCAUUUUUAUUGAAAAUAGUACUGUAUCCACAAUGUCUUUCUUUCAUUCCUGUUUGGCUGAAAUAUCUGGUAAUGAAUGCUGAACUCCUUCCCAAAUGUAAUUUUUAAGUUUCCUCUUCCAAGAAAGGAGAGGGAAAACUGAUUUCAUUGGGAUUCUUGGUGGGGGGUGGUUAGGACCACUGUGUUUUCUCUUUUAUUUAGGUAAAUAACAGUAGAGCUUUAAUUCCAUUUUUGACAAAUCAUUACCUGUGGUGUUCUGAAGUUUAUCAUUGAUUCACUUUGCAAUGUUCAUUGCAAUAAAAUGUUUACCUCUUGCCCAAAAUUUAUUGACAAAUUACACUUGAGGUUAACAUACAGGGGGAGAAAAAUUUGAGUACCUAAUCAUGUCCCACAGAUGUUUUACAACCACGCAAUUUAUGAAAUGUCAUUGCUACAAUUAUGUAGAUGUAUGUGGGAGCCAAUUUUUAAUCUCUUAGGUUCCAUGAGGCACAAAUAAAAACUAAUUAGGUAAGUUAUUUAUAGUGGUGUUGGUUCAAGGAGAAAUGUUGUCUAGUAUAGCUGUUGUUUGUUUGAAAUCCAUCUCAUAUUAAAGACCAAAAUGUAAGGAAGGGAAUAGUUUAGAGACGUAGAGGUCUAUGCUGUAGAAAAAGGCCCUUCAGCCAUUGAGUCUGCAUUGACCAAAAUCAACCACUUAACUAUACCAAUCCCAUUUUCUGUCAGUUGUCAUAUUGUUUUGUAUGUCUUGACAUCACAGGUAUACAUUUAAAUACUACUAAAGUGUUAUGAGGGUUUAUCUACACCCUUACAGGCACCAAGUUCCAGAUUCCUUUCACCUUCUAAGUGAAAAAAAUAUUCUUCUCAUCCCCUUUAAACCUCCUGGCCCUUAUCUUAAAUCUAUGCCUCCUGGUCAUGAUCCCUACAUUUAUGUCUGUUACCCUGUCUAUGCCCGUCAUAAUUUUAUACGUUUUAAUCAUGCCCCACCUCCGUCUCCUCUACUCCUAAGAAAACAGACUGAGUCUAUCCAAUCCCUCUUUGUAACUGAAACUCUUCUGCCCUUGCAACAUCAUGGUAAAUCACCUCUGCACCAUCUCCACUGCAAUUACAUCCCUUCUGUGUUGUGAAUUUCCAACUGUACAUAAUACUGUAGCUGUGGCUUAACCAACUCUCCAUACAGUUCCAGCAUCACCUCCCUGCUCUUAAACUCUACAUCUCAACUAAUAAAGGCAAAUAUCCCAUCUGUCUCCUUAAUUGUUUUAGUUAGCUGUUCUGCUACUUUAAGGGACUGGUGGGCAUGCACACCCUAUGGUUCUUGGUGGUGCUUAAGGUCCUACCAUUCAUUGUGUUCCCUCGUAUUGUUUGUCUUGCCCAAGUGUGUAGCCACUUGCUUACCAGGAUUAAAUUAUAUUUGCCGUUGAGCUGAUCUGACCAGCCUGUCUAUAUCCUCCAAUAAUUGUAUGACUAUCAUCCUUACUAUUGUAUUAUAUCUACUAAAGAGGCUUGUAUUCCUUCCAGAUGUAUCUAGUAUAAGUGCCAAUAUGUAUGUAUUAUAUAUAACAUCUUAAGAAAAAUAAUUGGCGGGGUAAAAUUUUAACUGAUGUCCUGGAUUUUAUGUUAAUGACCAGUUAAACUCUGAAUUGGUUGUCAAUGCAUCUUCUGAAAGUGACAGCAAAGUCUGUGAUUUUCCAGAUUGCACCCAAUUCCUCCCCCCCCCCAAACAAAGUAGCAAUGAACUGGCGAAAGCUUGUCCUUUUACUGUGAUUCAUUUAUUAUGAAACUCCUUGAAAAUGUACCUUGUUGAACAAGAUAGGGUUUUACUGACAAUCUUACUACCCCUGGAAAAGCUUGCUUUCUUUUUGUGAAACGUCAAGUGUCUCCAUUUCAAUAAUGCACGUUUUUGAGAUUCUGAAUUUGUUAUUUCUUAAUACCAUGUGCGUGUUCAAUCACAUUUUUGCUUUGUAAAAAUUUUACUUCUGCAUCCUGAUGUGUUGUUCGAGAUAAUGUGUCAGUAUGUACUGCUACUUCUACAUAAUGACUUCAUUGUUGAACGAUCCUUAGAGAUUCUGUAUACCUGGCACCAGAUUACCAAAGACAGUUUGAAAGGGGGAAUCUGCCAUGGAGUUCAUUAGUUGUUAGGGGAGCUUUCUUUGUUAUUGAUUCCCCAUUGACUGACUCUUAAAUCCUGACUGUUUUUAGAACUAUUUUAGUUGGAGUUUAAUACUAACCAUUCAGUACAUCAGCUCAUUCAAUUAGAUUAGAUAAAUUGUUUGUGAGAAAUAAUCUUAUGCUUUGUUUUGUAUGAAAACUGUGUACAACUGAAUUGUACAUUAAUGACAUCAGACCAAGAAGUUUCAAAAGACUGGUGAAAUGACAGUUUCUGAAGUGAAAUAAACCUGUGCUGUACAGUUGACACUAACUCUGCAUAUUUGAGACAAUAGCUUUGUUUUAAACAUAAAUUGCAUAUUCAUAAGCCUGUUAUUAAUUUGACCCUGAAGCCCUGUACUGCAUCACGAAACAAAAUCUGGCAUGGGAAAAUAUUUUGUUUUGAUUUAAACAGUUUUUCUUUAUUCUUUCACCAAAUUGGGUGCUGUUGGCAAGACCAGCAUUUGUUGACCAUCCCAAAUGAGUGGCUUGCUCGGUCACUUCAGAUGGUGGUCAAGAGGCAAUCACAUUGCUGUGGGUCUGGAAUCACUUACAAAAGAACAUUAAAGUGGAGAAGGAGUAGGCUGUUCAGGCUCUUAAGCCUUAGCUGCCAUUCUAAAAAUCAUGGUUGAUCUAACCCAGGCCUCAACCCUUCAAUUCAAACAUGCAGACGCAUCCAUUUUAAGUACUUUCGGUGAUUCAUCCUCCACAACUCCAGUGUAGAGAAUUCCAAGCAUUCACCUUUAUCAGAAGAAAAUCCUUUGCACCUCAAUUUUGAAUGAGUGCCCCAUGUUUUGUAACUAUGUCCCCUAGUUUGAGGUUUUCCCCAUUAGUGCAAAAAUCUUCUCAACCUCUAACCUGUCAGGCCCCCUCAGAAUGUAAUAUGUGUCAUUUAAGAUCACUUCUCCAUUCUUCUAACCCUAAUGAAUAAAGGCCCAGCUUGAUAAGUUGUUUUCGUGAGUCAACCCCUUAUUCCCAAGAAUCAGCCUAUUCAAUCUCUCUUGUUGAAGUGCCUCCAAUGACAGAAUAUUCUUUCUUAAAUAAAGAGACAUUCCUGUAAGACGAUAUUCCAGGUGUAGCCUCACCAAGACCCUGUACAAUUGUAACAAGGCUUUCCUAUUUUUAAACCCCAACCUCCUAGCAAUAAAAGCCAGAGCCAGCAUUAGUCAGCCAGAUCUUUUAAUAACGAUAAUCAAAGGUGGUCAUGGGAGGAUAUCCUAAUUGAGACUAACUUCCAAUUCCAGAUUGUUGUAUUUAAUUUAAAUUCCACUAUUUACAAUGAUGGAUCAGAGCCUGUGUCCUCCAGCUCAUUAGGCUGGGCCUCUGAACAACUUGUACAGUUUCAUUAACGUUACCUCAUCUCCCAUGUUACACUAAAUGACCCAGUGAAACUGCCAGAAGGUCCUGAACUGCUAAAUUAAAUUUGUUCACAUUCCAACCUUUACAACUUCCCCACUGCCUCUCGGUGCCAGGGGCCCAGGUUUGAUUCCUCCCUUGGGAACUGUCUGUGUAGGUCUCCACCUGGUACUCCGGUUUCCUCCCACAGUCCAAAGAUGUGCAGGUCAGGUGGAUUGGCUGUACUAAAUUGCCAAGCGCUAGUGUUCAGGAAUAAGCAGGCUAAAUGGGUUAGCCAAUGGAAGUGCAGAGUAGGGGGAUGGGUCUGGAUGGGAUGCAUUUCAGAAGGUUGCUGUGAACUACUUAGACCAAAUGGUCUAUUUCCACACUUGUUGGGAUCCUAAGAUUGUUUUGGGAGAACUUGUUUCUGCAUUAACAAGUUUGUAACUAAGAGUUGUUCAACCAACUGGACAGAUUUAACAUUGAAAAAAAUUUUAAUAAUCAGAAGGUGUGGUGAAUAAUGCCACCGCUGAAUUAUUAGAAGGCUGGGGUCAAAGACUCAUUUCAAAACUUGAACUAGUGCACUGUAGAAUCUGUUGACAUUACAUUUGGGGGUAGCAGCUUUGUUUUGGAUGUGACAUUAAACUGAAACUUGCCUAUCUGUUGGCUGAGAUGCACGUUAAGUCUGUAAUAGGAAGAUGGAAAGGUCAGCUUUGUGGAAUAACGAAGUGAAAUACUUGUCCAAACAUGUGUUACAAGAUUACAUUCUUUCAAGAUAACUGUUUAGCAGUUCAUGCCACAUGCUGUAGUUUCACCAGCACAAAAAAAGUCUAAUUCAGAAAAUAGUCACCAGCUGCUUAUCCUUCGCAGGAAGCUUUUAUUACAAUGAAGGCAAAGACAGGUGGUUUUGCGUUUGGGUAGGAUUCAAACUUCCUGUCAGGGAGUUGGUAACUCUGAAAGUCCUAGAUUGCUGGCUAAAUAAAGAACUACUUUUUAGCUGUAUUUGUCUGGCAUUUUAUUUAAGUGCAAUUUUUCCAUAAUUUGCAGCAGCUGAUUAAAAUGUCUUCAUGGAGAUUUAAAGGGAUCAAGAUUUGAAACUGGAAUAGAGCUUUGUUUUAAAACAGUACAGCACAGGACAGGCCCUUCAGCCCACGAUUGAUGUGAUGACUGAAUUGCCUUCUUUUAUAUGUUCUAAGUCUUUCUGGUUUCAUGUGGAGCCAAGAGAGGCAUUACAUUUACGAUUCAUUUCUGCCUUCAACUUGCAUUUUAAUCACAAUGCAGUUUUUAAAUUUGGGCUGCAUUUUAAAUAAAUACUACUCAGUGCAGAGCCAGCAUUUGUUGUUCAUCCCUAUCGCCCUUGAAUGGUGUGGCUUGCUAGGCCAUUUCUGAGUGCACUAAAGAGUCAAUUAUAUUGCCAUGGGCCUGGAGUCAUGUAGACCAGAGUAGGUAGGGACGGUAGAUUUCAAUCGCUAAAAGGAUAUUAAUGAAGCAGAUGAAUUUUUAUGGCCACCCCUUAACUGUGACCAACUUUCAAAUAUAUAUUUAUUAAUUGAAUUUAAAUUCCAUCAGCUGCCAAGAAUGGAUUUGAAACCGUGCCUUCAGUGAAUUAACUGGGUCCUCUGGCUACUAGUGCAAUGACAUGAUGUAGUGGUAAUCUAUAUUAUUUGUUCCUGAUUGUGACAUGCUUUCAUGACUGCUAACUGUCAUGACCACCUGCUUUUGAUUUAUGUAACAAGGCUGGAGCAAGUAGUUACAGUGCUAAAGGAGGGUGGCUUCUUCUAGCGAUUGUUUAAUUCACAAAUAUUGUUGCCUUUUUGCUCCCUUGAUUGGUUUCAUUUUUGGGAUUACUCAAAUAGUGACUUGAUAUUGAGUUUUGAAUGUCCUUGUGUUCACUGUCAAACAUAGUUCUAUUUAUUGGCGAAAAAUUAUUGAGAUGUAGCCAUUAGAUCUCACUAGUGUAUUCGUUUACCAACAAGUUCCAUUUAAUAUCGUGCUUUUCCUGCCUUUUCUCCUUUCCCCCCCACCAAACAAAAUGUGAUUUGUCAUAAGACCACCUUAGAUUUUAUCGCUCCUAGUUAUGAUUUUACCUCUGCUUGAACUUUUGCAAAGUGUAUAGAUUAAUUUUAAACCUGCCAUGUUGGUGGAAACUCAAAUGUUUGAUCUGAUCCAAAAGAGCUCAAUGAAUCAUGCUAAUAUGAUAUGUGAUCUGUGUAAACAGCACAUUUUCUACCCAUGUUCCUAGUCUAUUCUUUACCUUCAGUUUCUGCUAGUAGGUAAAAUUCUGCAUUAAUCAGAAAUGGAGAACUGCUUAGGGGUAGUAUAUCAUAUGCUGCUGAGAGCUCUGUGAGACUUUUAAAUUCAUUCUUCCUUUAUUUCACUUUCCUUCAACUUCCUUCCAACCUGCCCCCAAAACCCAUUUCUGAGACACUCUUUUAGGUUUCUGCUCUGGUUUGUGUGGAUCACCGUUAAUAGAGAGUUCUCAGUUCUGCUUUUCCCCUCCUUUUUCUCCUUUUCCAUUUGGUGUUAUCACCCAGUCAGAAGCAAAGUAGAUUAAACUGGUGACAGUUCGCAGCAGAACAGUUGAGUCUCCCUGACAGUGGCCCAAACCAAUUUGGAGCUUUGCAUUAUUCUAGCAAGAAAGCAAGGUUGCGUCUGGUGACAUUUACGAUUGGGGCAGAAUGGAUUUGACCGACUAAUGUUUCUAUCAAUCAGAGCUAAAGAUGUCUGUAAGUGAUUUUUAUGUAUGUAAUUUACAUAAUGGUCCUUGUUCUUUCGCAGAAAUAACCCUGCAUUACAAUAAGAAACAGUUUCAAUGAUGGAAUAAAAGUUGCUUGUGGUGAUUUUUUUUAAACAAGCUCCAUAAACUACUGUGGUUCACUCUUUAGAUAAAAUGACUUUUGUUUUUCAUCCUCUCGGUGCUGCUGUGCAUUCUAGCUGUUUUUAUCAGGGCAUUCUGUUGUAAGUACUUCUAGUGUACUGUCUUAGGUACUGUUGCUAUGACGAUGUCUGGAUUUGACUCUGAUGAUAUUAAAGACCAGUGUUAAUCCCAACUGGGGACACAUUUGAUUGUUUGUUUCUAAUUUGGGGCAUUGACAGUUUUUUUUUCCCAAAUGGGGAAAGUCCACAUCAGGCAGCGGGAUGCAGGUCUGUUUUUGGGACAAAUUUCCCAUCUUUCUGUAACACGAAGAAAGCCAACAGCAAGA